AUGGGUACAUCUGAUAAUGACCUGCUGGACGCAGAAGUGCCAUUCGCUGAGUUAGCUGUCAUGCCGCCCAAGAUCAACGUCGAAUCUCUACCACUCCCCCGCGAAAAGGAAACGCUUGACGAAAGAAAAGGAAGAGGCAAGGUAGCAUACCAGAUGUCAACCCCCGACAAGAUAACGACUGCAUUUGCAAGGGUUGAAAACCACCUGGGUAAAUCUUAUAAUGACCAGCCAAACGCAGAAAUGACAUCCGCUAAUUUUGCUGCCAAGACGCCCAUCAUCACCGUCGAGCCUCUACCGCUCCCGCGCGAUAAGGAAACGCUUGACGUGAGAAGGGGUAGAGGUAAGGUAGGAAACCAGAUUUCAGCCCGCGAGAAGAGAAGGACUGCAUUUGCGAGGAGUGAAAGCCACAGGGGUAAAUCUGAUUAUGACCUACCAGACGCAGAAAUGCUAUCCUCAGAUUUCGCUGUCCAGACGCCCAACAUCACAGUCGAUCCUCUACUGCUCCCGCGCGAAAAGGUAACGCUUGACGGCGGAAAGGGUGGAGGGAAGGCAGGUUACGAGAUUUCAGCCCCGGAGAAUAUAACAUCUGCAUUUGCGAGGAGUGAAAUCCACAUGGGUAAAUCUGAUAAUGACAUGCCAAACACAGAAAUGCCAUCCAAUAAUUUCGCUGCUAAGCUGCCCAUCAUCACCGUCGACCCUCUACUGCUCCCGCGCGAAGACGUAACGCUUGACGGCGGAAGAGGGGGAGGAAAGGUAGGUUACCUGAAUUCAGCCCCGCAGAGUAUAACGACUGCACAUGCGGGGAGUGAAAUCCACAUAAAUAAAUCAGAUUAUGACCUGCCAACAACAGAAAUGACCUCCGGUAAUUUCGCUGCCAAAACGCCAAAGCUUACCAUCCAUCCUCUACUGCUCCCACACGAAGAGAUAACGCUUGACGGCGGAAAGGGUGAAGGAAAG